AUGUUGACUAAGAACUACCAGCUUGUGUUUGCCUUUGUUUUUGCCAUUCAUGAGAUCAACAAGAAUGACAAGUUGCUGCCCAACAUCACACUGCAAACAGAAAUCUUGGACGAUGCAUUUAGUUCACUGAAAGCCAGUUUGGCCACAUUGGAUCUCCUCUCAUUGGGACGAAUGGAUGUUCCCAAUUACAAAUGCACCUGGGAAAAGAGUCUCAUAGCCAUCAUUGGUGGUCUCACCUCUCAAACGUCCCUCCAGAUUGCCAAUAUCUUAAAUAUCCAUAAAAUUCCACAGCUGAGUUAUGGGUCUUUUGAUCCCAUCUUCAGUGAUAAAAUUCAGUUUCCCUCUCUUUUCCGGAUGGUGCCAGAUGAAAUCUUUCAGUAUUUUGGGAUUACUCAACUUUUUGAGUAUUUUGGAUGGAAUUGGAUUGUUCUCCUCAUUCCAGAGGAUGAAAGUGGAGAGAGAUUUCAUCGAAUCCUCAGUGCAAGUCUUGUCCAGAAGGAUAUUUGCAUUGCUUUGACACAAUCCGUUCCCACAGUAACAAGUUACUUUUCAAACCCAAUCCUCCAGAAAAGGUUAAAUGCCAUUGCCGCUGCUCUUCUCUCAAAGAACAUUAACGUGAUCCUGGUUUAUGGGGACUCUCAAUCUAUGGAUGGUUUACGGAUAAUUCUAGAAAGCUAUGAGUUUUUUCAGAAGCAACCUAUGGAGAGAGUUUGGAUCACAACUGCUCAGUGGGAUGUCACAACUGUUUUCUCAGGGAUAAGAUUCACAGAAAGAUCCUUCAAUGGCACCUUGUCCUUUGCCCUCCACACCAAUGUGGUGCCAGGAUUUCAGGAGUUUCUGGAGAACUUAAAUCCAAUCCAGUCCAAGAUUUAUCUCCUAAAGGAGUUUUGGUGCAGUGCAUUUAUUUGUUCUCUCCCAAUGUAUAACUUGAAUUACCCAAACUUGAGGAAUUGCAUGGGGGAAGAGAAACUGAGGAACCUUCCUGGAUCUGUGUUUGAAAUGAGGAUGUCUAGCCAAAGUUAUAGCAUCUAUAAUGCUGUCUAUGCUUUAGCCCAUGCUCUCCAUUAUGCAGAUUCACUGAGAGCCAAACGGAAAGCAAUAGGUACUGAAAACAGUUGGAAACAUAUGAAUAUUCAACCCUGGCAGCUACGCUCAUUUCUGAGAUACAUCCGCUUUAACAAUAGUGCUGGGGAAGAAGUCUUUUUCGAUGAGAAUGGGGAUCUAGCCUCUGGAUUUGAUGUCAUCAACUUGGUCACUUUCUCGAAUCAAUCUUUCCAAAAAGUCCAAGUCGGAGGAAUUGAUCCCCAGGCUUCUGCAGGCAAAAGGUUCACCAUGAACGGCAGUGCUGUUGUGUGGAAUCACAAAUUUAAGAAGAUGCCGCCUCGUUCCAGAUGUGUUGAGAACUGCCAGCCAGGAUACAGCAGGCUUGUUCAGCCGGGGAAUUAUGUCUGUUGCUAUGACUGUGUUCAAUGUGCUGAUGGGAGGAUUUCAGACCACAUUGAUGCAAGUGAAUGUGCAAAGUGUCCAGAUGAUCACUAUUCAAAUGAGAAGCAAGACCAAUGCCUUCCUAAAAGAGACAUUUAUUUGUCCUACACAGAACCUCUAGGAGCAGUUUUGGCUUCCUCUGCAGUCUUCUUUUCAAUAAUCACAAUUAUGGUAAUGGGGACUUUCAUUCAUUAUCAAGUAACUCCCAUUGUAAAAGCCAACAACUGGACCAUUACCUGUAUUCUACUUGUCUCUCUGUUGCUCUGCUUUCUUUGCUCCUUUCUUUUCCUUGGCACUCCAGGGAAGGUUUCUUGCCUUCUCCGGCAAACAGUCUUUGGGGUUGUCUUUUCUAUAGCUAUUUCUUGCAUGUUGGCCAAAACAAUCACUGUGGUGCUGGCCUUCAUUGCCACAAAGCCAGGGAACAAGAUGAGGAAAUGGAUUGGGAAGAAGCUGGCAACAUCAGUGAUCUUCCUCUGUUCUGUUAUUCAAACUCUGAUCUGUGCUGUUUGGUUAAUAACUGCACCGCCAUUUCCAGAGGCUGACAUGCACUCCCAGCCGGCUGAGACCAUCUUGCAGUGCAAUGAAGGCUCUGAGACUAUGUUCUACCUUGUCCUGAGUUACAUGUGGCUCUUGGCUUUCAUCAGCUUCACAGUGGCUUUCUUCGCCAGGAAGCUGCCUGACAGUUUCAAUGAAGCCAAGCUGAUCACUUUCAGCAUGUUGGUCUUUUGCAGUGUUUGGGUUUCCUUUGUCCCAAGUUACCUGAGCACCAAAGGGACAAAUAUGGUGAUCGUGGAAGUCUUCUCCAUCUUGGUUUCUAGUUUUGCAUUACUGGCUUGCAUCUUCUUCCCAAAAUGCUACAUGAUUCUAUUCAGACCUGAGCUAAAUGUAAAAGAACACUUAGUAAAGAAGAAGCAUUGA